AUGAUAUCGCAGCAAACCACCAAAAAGCUGAGCCUCAAGAACGUUGAUGUGGCAGGCAAGCGUGUGUUCAUGCGGGUGGACUUUAAUGUUCCGAUGAAGGAUGGCCAAAUAACUAACAAUCAGCGCAUAGUCGCGGCUCUGCCCAGCAUCAAGUACGCGCUGGACAAGAAGUGCAAGUGCCUGGUAUUGGCUUCGCAUUUGGGUCGUCCGGAGGGGAAAAAGAACAAAAGAUUCAGCCUGGAACCGGUGGCCAAGGAGCUACAGAAGGUGCUGGGCAGGCCGGUGUGCUUUCUCGACGACUGUGUGGGGGAGAGCACUCUAGAUGCGGUGAAGAAUCCUCCACAGGGUAGCGUUCUACUGCUGGAGAAUCUUCGCUUCUACGCCGAGGAGACGGGCAGCACUAAGGAUAAGAACAAAAAGAAGAUCAAGGCUGACCCUGAGAAGGUUAGGCAGUUUCGGAGCAAGUUGGCCCAGCUGGGGGAGAUUUUUGUGAAUGAUGCCUUUGGCACUGCCCACCGUGCCCACAGCUCCAUGCUGGGUGAGGGCUACAAAGCUCGAGCUGCCGGGUUGCUGAUGGACAAGGAGCUCGAGUACUUUGCCAAGGCGCUGCAGGAACCAGUCAAGCCGUUCCUGGCCAUUCUAGGGGGAGCAAAAAUAGCUGAUAAAAUCCCACUCAUAACGAAUCUUCUCAAUAAUGUUUCAGUCAUGAUUGUGGCUGGUGGCAUGGCCUUUACAUUUCUGAAAACUCUCGACUCCAUGGAGAUUGGCAAGUCGUUGUUCGACGAGAAAGGUGCCGCCAUGGUGCCCGAAAUAAUGGCAAAAGCAAAGGAGAAAAAUGUCAACAUAAUCCUCCCCGUGGACUUUGUGUGCGCCAAGAAAAUCGACAGCAGCCCAAACGGAAUCGUGACCGUGGAUGCAAAGCAGGGUAUACCCAAGGAUAUGAUGGGUCUUGAUGUUGGCAAGUUAUCCAUUGAAAUAUUUGCUGGUGCCAUUUGCGCUUCCAAGACGAUUGUUUGGAACGGUCCACCGGGCUUGUUCGAGAACAAACACUUUGCCCAUGGCACCAGAGCCAUGUUGGAGGCGGUCAUUGGGGCUACCGCACGUGGCGCCACUACAAUCGUUGGCGGCGGAGACACGGCCACGGCUUGUAUGCAGUUUGGUGGCGCGGACAAGGUGUCGCAUGUGUCCACGGGCGGUGGUGCUUCACUGGAGCUGCUCGAGGGCAAGAUUCUGCCUGGUGUGGCAGCGCUGUCCGAUGCCUAAAUUAAUUGUUGGGUUACGAC